CGUGCUCGUGGGAACGUAGUUCUGUUGUGUUCGUUUCAUGCUUGAGAAUAGACAUGACUUUCGUUUCCUCAGUGGAAUUCCUCCACAACUUGUGAUAUUUAACAAGAACAACAACAUUCGGAGGCAAUACAUUAAGGCAAUUCUAAGAUGUUUUAUGCACGUGUAAAGCCUGUCAAUCAACAUUAGAGCGCCACCCUCAUGCUGAACAAUGCAAGGACACAAGAACUCUGUCAAAAGUGUGUCUGCAUGUGUUCAGCGAUUAGAAUUUAAGGCUUUCAAAAUGUUUAGCAUAAACUAAAGCUAAGACCCAGACUCGACCCUACCUAAAUUUUUACGGUCAGGAGCAGAUACUGAAUGAGACCUGUAUGCGCACAUGAAGUGUUUUCGUAAGAUGCAGUCGCUACAAUCCCAUAAUGCCCUGCUCUGCAUGCUGAGAUUGGACGCUGCCUGCUGGAAUGUUCUAAAUGAGUGCGGAUUAUGUGUGUGUCUCUCUCUCAAAUUGUGAGUAAAGCUGCAGCUUGAAUGCUUUGUAUCUCUGCUGCUUGGCUGGGCACAGGAAUGAACGCAGCAGUGGUGCACAGAGGAUUCCUCAGGAAAUAUGGGGGCUUCAUGUUUAAGCAAUGGAAGGAAAAGUAUCUGGUGUUGACGGUGGAAGGAAAUCUAAUGGUGUGUCGAGAUGCAGACUCGCCACCUGACCUGGUGGUGGUGCUGCAGAGUAACUGUGAGUCCAUAGUGGAGGGUAAAGAAAUCUUGGACUUGCCCCGUUUACCCCCUGGAGGACGCAGAGACAGCUGCUUUGCCCUCAUCCUGCCCCAAGACAAGUUCCUCCUCCUGCUCUCUGAUAGCCCUGAAGAGUGCAGUCAAUGGCUGAAGUUACUCAGGAAGGUGAAGGAGGGUGUGACUUCACCACUGGCCCUGAAGAGACAGCAGAGCAUUACGCCCUGCAUCACAGACCGGGAGCCGCUUCCAGACAUCUCCAGUGACAAAGAGCCCACAUCCCCGCACCUCAGCGACAAGGGCUUGAGCUCCCCGCGUGUCCGCUCCAGAGAGAACUCUUUCAGACACAGAGGCAGCAUAAACCAACGGCCUCCCUGCAGCCCCACAGUGGCUCCGCCCCUACGCUCCGCAGACUGCCUGCGCCACGGAAACAGCAGCGAUGCACGGGCUGUGAGAGCUGUCUGUCUGCUGAUGGGCGGAGCAGCCGCGACCUCAGCGCUGGGGUACCUGAACUCCUGUCCACCCUCCUCCUCUAACAUGGCUGCCCAUAAUCCUGAAAUGACCCACUCCACAGCCUUCUCUGACAUGGGGGGAGGCGGUUCUUACCAUGCCUGCAGCCAAGCCAUAGAGUCGCCACAUUUUAACAGCUUCGACUUUGAGGGAGACUCUGAUUUUGAUGCUUUCGACUGUGGAGGGUUUGCAUUUUAAUGAAAUAUGUUUAUCUUAUCCAUAGGGGUCCCACAGUCAUGGAAAAGGUGGAAAUGUUAGGGAAUUUGAAAAUUGUUAUUUCCAAACCUUCAAAAAGUAAUGGGAAUUCCUGUAGUGAAUAUAACUAACUUUGAAAUAUUUACUUUACUUAAUAAUAUAUUGCUCUUUUGUGAGUGCAAACACAGGAAUUUUUAAAUAAUUAUCCAGUAAAGUAAGGGGAACUGGAAAAGUCAUAGAAACCCAUUGGUAUGCAUUGCUGUAUACAGUUUGUUUGGUAAUCUCUUUUCAGUAGAAGACAUUACAAUAUGUGAAUUAGAGACCAUUAUGUUUUUUUUUUUGUUUGUUUGUUUGUUUUGUUUUUUCAUUAUGAAAUAAUUUCCAUGCCAAUUUAGUACCUUGUCACACCCAUGCCCUCCUUUUAUACAAAAUACUAUUUCUUUUUUUUUUUUUUUUUUUUUUUUUUCAUUUUGGUAUGGAAUAUGACCAAGAAAUGACCUUGGCAGGUUUUGUGAGAUUCAUCCAACUGUGCUCCUUUUAUUUCCUAUAUUGUGGCUAUUGGAUGUUUCAAAUAUACAUUAUCUUCCCAUAUGAAAUAAUAAUGAUGAUACAAUUUUUUUGCUGUUCCUUAGAACUCUUAACCCUUUUUAUUUCUUAUUUAUCCAGUUCAAAUAUAAGGGGUCAAAAGUUUUAUUUUGUAUAAAGUUUAUUGAAAACUUUUCAGAUAUUUGUGGAUACACUUAUAUAGUUUAUGACUGCAAAAACAGUCAUUGUCACUAUCCUCACUGUGAAGAAGGACUUUAUUGUGACAAGAUUAAUUUACUCAUUCAGUGCUUUUUUUUCUGCGAUUUCUGCGCACUGUGUGUAAUUCUUAAUUUUAAUGUAUAAUAUUUAUAUAAAAUUUGUUAUAUUUACCUUUCCCUCUUUCUUAUGUCCCCUUUUGCUCACAUUCUUUCUCUGUUUGUGUUAUGGAGAGUUUGUGUAAGUGAGAACAUAGGUGAGUGUUUAUUAAAUGGAAAUCUAAUGUUA